GAACACUGUUGACAAUCGAGAUUAGAUUCAUCAUUCAUUUUCUAUCUUAUCUUAUCUUAUAUAAUACAGACGUUACUUCAAAAAAGAAGAUGAUUACGUCCUAUAUCUAGAUUUAAAUCUACUAGUCUAGAGUCUAGAGUACUCUAGAUCUAGACACCUGAUCUAGAAAUUUUUCUAUAUUCUAUACUUUUACUAGAUCUAGUAUCUAGGAUAGAUUUUUAUGAUUAAAAUAUUAAAUCUAAGACAAUGGCAGAAGGAAGUGAACAAACUCAAAUGGAAAUGGAAGAAAAGGAAGAACGGGAGCAUUUUGCUCGUGUCAUUAAUUCAUUUAAAUUUUACAAAAUGCACAGUUUAAAGAGAUUACAUCUUAGCAAGAUUUCAUUUAAUACCCUAAGUGACCAACACAAAGCUAGACUCAUGGGUUACAUGGACAACUUAGAGACUAUACAGACAUGUAUUAUUCAUAACUAUGAAGUGAUCAAACUGUUACUACAAGACCAUCAGUACAUGUUUCUCAAUAAGGAAGAAUGCAUUUCUGAAGCUGACUUUGAAAGAGUCAAGAAAGCUGACUGCGCUCCUCCAACUGCUGAAGAAAUGGAUAAAGUGAAAACAACAUUGAAACAAAUCAUGAGAGACUGGAGUGAAGAUGGCCGAGCUGAGAGAGAAGCUUGCUAUCAACCUGUCAUGCAUGCAGUGCUGACUAGACUUGGGUCACGCAAACCUUCUGAAGUGAAAAUACUGGUGCCAGGUGCAGGACUUGGUAGACUAGUGUUUGAAUUUGCUCGUCUGGGUUAUUCCUGUCAGGGCAAUGAAUGGAGCCUCCACAUGUUACUGGCAUCUAACUUUAUAUUGAACAGAUGUCAGGAGAGAAACUCCUUAGUUCUCUACCCUUGGGUUCACCAGUACACCAACAACCUGGCCACCAAAGACCAGACUAGACGUUGUAUGUUUCCAGAUAUAUCUCCACUUCAGAUAAGUCCAGAGGCUGACUUUUCAAUGGUGGCUGGAGACUUUACAAAAAUAUAUACAGAGCCAAAUUCCUGGAAUGCAGUAGUAACAGUUUUCUUCUUAGACACAGCUCAUAAUAUCAUAGAAUACUUGGAGACUAUUUACACAAUUCUUGUGCCUGGGGGAUAUCUAGUCAAUUUAGGCCCAUUGCUGUACCACUGGGCAGGUCAAGUCAAUGAACUCUCUAUAGAACUAAGCUAUGAGGAGGUCAGAAAGAUAUUACUGGAUAUUGGUUUUGAAAUUGAGAAAGAAGAAAUGAAUGUCCGUUGCUCCUACACACAGAACCCACUUUCUUUGAUGCAGUGCUACUACAACUGUGUCAUGUUUGUUGCUAGGAAACCACUACCUAGACCCACACACCAUGACACUGCCAGCUAGCGACACUUGCUUCUAACACUGUUGUACCUGAUAGCUGGCCUUACAUUGGGCUGUCUCACUCACUCAACUCUAGACAGAGACAAGGAGACAUCUUCAUUUAAUUGUGUUACACUUUGUAUAGAAGAAUAUUGAUGUCAUUUCAAUUGGAUUUCCUAAUGAAUUAAAACAAAGUGACAAGA